AUGGCGUCUUUCCUCUCGCGCCUUUCUCGCGCCCUUCCGGCUCUCCUGCUCUGGUCCGCGCCCGUGGUCAGGGCCGGACUUGCCCCCUCGCCAUACACGGUCGGCCCUCUCACGAGCUCUGAUGACAAGUGGGCCACCAAGGUUUGCGAUGUGACCAAGUACGGAGCUGUGGCCGAUGGCGUCACGGACUUUGGCCCCGCGCUGCUCGCGGCAUUCGAGGCCUGUAUUGAUGGUGGCGUGGUCAACAUUCCGAGCGGCACUUUUGCUAUGGCUACCUGGCAGACCCUGAGCGGUGGCAGUGCUUGGGCCAUUAAUCUCGAGGGGACAAUCAUUCGCACGGGUACUGCUGGUGGACAUAUGAUUGUUGUUGAGGACACUACCGAUUUUGAGAUAUACUCGAGCAACGGAGGAGGCGCUAUCCAGGGAUAUGGCUAUGAAUUUCUGGAGAACGGGGAGUACGGCCCUCGCCUGCUGCGGUUGAUCGAUGUCGACCAGUUUUCCGUCCACGAUAUCCGUCUCGUGGACUCGCCCGCCUUCCAUCUCAUCUUGGAUACCUGUUCCAAUGGUGAAGUUUACAACGUGAUUGUCCGUGGCGCUAAUAUGGGCGGUCUCGAUGGCAUCGAUGUGUGGGGAUUCAACAUAUGGGUGCACGACGUCGAAGUCACCAACAAGGACGAAUGUGUUACUAUUAAAAACCCAAGCAAUCACAUCCUGGUGGAAAAUGUGUAUUGUAACUGGUCUGGAGGGUGCUCAAUUGGAUCACUUGGCGAAGAUACCGACAUUUACGAAGUCACCUACGAGAACAUCUACUCGCAGAACUGCAACUCGAUGAUGUUUUUCAAGUCAAAUGGGGGCAACGGCAGCGUCUACGACAGCCAAUUCACCAACUUCAUCGGGCAUAGCAACGCAUACUCGCUCAUUAUAAACGCAUAUUGGAGCGACGAGACCGUUGCGGCUGGCGAUGGCGUCUUGUACACAGACCUCACCUUCAGCGACUGGACGGGAGAUUGUGCGGAUGGUGCUCUACGUGGGCCCAUUGCGCUCUGGUGUCCCACCGACCAGCCUUGCGACGGAAUUACCAUCGAGGACUUUGCCCUCUGGACGGCUGAAGGGUCUUAUGAGUAUUACUCUUGUGAGAACGCCUGGGGCACGGGAGAUUGUCUUCGAGCCGGAACGGCGCACACUGCCUAUAGCAUGUCUACCGUAACGGUCUCUGCUACUCCGGCUGGUUGGAGCGCGGCUCGUAUGCCAAGUGAUAUAACCAGUGGGUUGGGCAUCACGACUAGCAUCGCGAUCCCCCCUCUGCCCACGACGUUCUUCCCUGGCGCCACACCUAUUAGCGCCAUCCCAUGA